CCGAGUCUGCGAACACGGUCACCACACUCACAAAUAAGCUGUAUGAAUGCCCCACGCCACUCUUUCUAUCCGUCUUUGUCUGUACACGGGGGCUACUCAUGGUCUCACAAAUGAAUGAAUGAAUGAAUGAAUGGAUGGAUGGAUGCACUGACAGGUAGAGAGAGAAGAGCAAGAGGAAGAGUACUAUAUACCAUCGAUUGGCAACAUCAAACGCAGGCAAACACGCAGGUCCAACCACACACACACGUCCCUUCCACCCGUCACAUCCCUCCAUCAGCCACGCAGCCAGCCAAUCGCAUUCCCUUCUUUGUCGGUCUGCCUAGUCUGUAGGUCUUGUUCACUUCUCGUCGGCUCCUCCCCGCUGCACCUUGACGGCCUUGGGCGCCCACUGGCCGAUGGCGGCAUUGGCGCGGCUCAUGUAGGCCGCGGCCGCCUGACACGGACGAACUGUCUUCAGGCGGCUGAAGCCCUCACUCCUCAACUCAUAGCCAUCCCCACGCACAUAGGACGACGACACGCCAGCUGCACCCUCACCGCCACCACACACACCGCCAUCCUGCUGCUCACCAGCCGUGGCCUUGUGGACGUCCGUCGGCAGGCCGGCCACGUCGUUGUGCUUGGGGAGGGGAGGGGAAGGGACACGACGACAGCAGGCUGCCCCACGAACACGCCGGCAGAGAGACCCUCCUUAUUGCCCACCACACCAUCGAUAGCGCCUCGUCCACUGUCACCACACCCACGUGAGCCAUCCGAUCCCCCUGCUGCCUUGCCGGCCUCCUUGCGUCCUCCGGUGCUGCCGGCGGUGUGGUCGACCGCCUGCUGGGGCGAGGGGGGGAGGGGGAGGGCAGCAGACGGCGACACACGAGCAGAUGACGACUCAGGCACAGCGGUAUCGACGGGCAACUCGCGCCUAACAGCACGAGUACCCACCACAGCACCAUUGACAGCCACACCAGUGGAUUUGUUGUUCUGUCGUGUUUUGCGAGCGGCAGAGGGACGGCCGGCAGAGAGGCCGCCGAGCAGCUUGGGGUUGCUCUCGAUGAGCCGCGUGUACUCGGCCCUCUCUUUGUCCUUCAGCGACUGCCGGGUGCGCUCCUUGACGGCCGUCCGCUUUGCAAGCCGCUCUGCUGACGCCGUCUUCAUCGCUUGGACGGUCUGCUGGGCCGCAUGCAGGGCCUCCUGGGCACCGGUGGCGCCGAGGACGACCAUCGGGACUGACGAGCGGUUGGUGAGAUGGGUCUGCUGGGCUUUGGGCGGUCCCCUGCCCAUGAGGAUGCUGCCCAUGCAGCUGGGGCGGCCUGUGUAGAGCUGCAGAUGACCGGUCUUCGACAGCACCGGCAUAAUGACGACAAUAAGGUGACGAUAAGAGACGAAUAUCAGACGUUGGUCGUUUCUCCUUCACGAGAGCUCUGCUGAAUGGCGA